AUGUCCACUCCACAUACUAUGAAAGCAACUAUUCUGAACAAUCCCGGCCCCGACUCUGAACUCGCUACACUAGCUGCAACUCCCGUUCCCGCUGUUCCUGAUGGCUUCGUCCUCGUCAAAAAUGCCUUUGCUGGCAUAAACUAUGUGGACAUCUACGUCCGCACUGGCCAAUACCCAAUUCCCAAAUCCAAGGAUGUGAUCAUCGGACAGGAGGCAGCUGGAACCAUUGCGGCGGUCUCCCCACUGGCAUCCUCGCAGUACAAUCUAAAAGAUGGUGACCGGGUGGUUUGGCUCUUUCAAGGAGGCUAUGCCGAGUACACAGCCGUCCCUGCCCGCCAAGUUAUCAAGAUCCCCGAUGGAGUCAAAAACGAAGAUGCAGUGGCUGCAUUUCUCGUGGGUUUGACGGCGCUAAGUCUCGUGAACGAUGCAUUCCCCGUACAAAAGGGAGACAAAGUGCUGGUGCAUGCGGCAGCAGGGGGUCUAGGACUGUUGUUGAUCCAAGUCUUAAAGCAGAAGGGGGCGACGGUCAUCGGCACAGCUGGGGGAGCGGAAAAGUGUCAGCUCGCUAAAAGAUUUGGGGCCGACUUUGUGGUAGAUUAUAGGUCUGAGGUGAAUUGGGUGGAAGAAGUGACGAAAUUUACUGCUGGAGAAGGGGUCGAUGUGGUAUAUGAUGGUGUCGGCAAAGAUACCUGGGCUGGAAGCCUGGAUGUAACCAAGCUGUUUGGACGGGUCGUGUUUAUUGGAAAUGCCAGUGGUCCUAUUCCUCCAAUCAACACCGAUCUACUCUCUGAGAAGAACAUUACAGUGAUGCGUCCAAAGUUGCGAACCUACCUCGAAGUUGGAGAUAGAUAUGUGCGGUACGCACAGGAGAUUCUCGCCCUCAUCGAGACAGGAAAAUUGACGGUUUUGAAACACCACAAAAUGUAUUCACUUGAAGAGGUGGCGCAAGCCCAUGAGGAUCUCAAAGGAAGAAGGACAACUGGCAGGUUGCUGGUCAAGAUAUGA